UAGUUGUUUUGCUUCCUCCGCGGCGCAUAUGAGUUCCCAACGUGGCUCCAACAAAAAUCGUAACAUUUAAAAAUCAGUUUCAUAUUUGUAAACAGUAAAAACAGAAUUUGGUUCGUUGGUUAGAAAGAUUCGAUCUGCGGUCAGAGCCUGUGCUGACGCAUUUGUGUAGCCUGCACACGGAUUAUAAUGAUAAGAUUCUGCAGAGAUGUUUCUUGAAGAUGAAGACUGGAAUGAUGACAAAGCAGACGUCCUGUGUCUAGCUGUCCCCAAAGCAAACGAACCAAGCAGCCCCAAUGUAAAGACUAAGGCAGUGGGAAAGAAGAGCCUGCUGCGCACUCUGCAGACGCUGGGCUCUGUGCCACAGUGGAAGAGCCAGGACCCACAGAGAGCCAGCGACAGUGAGGAUGAAGCUCCACCAACAGAACACGCUAAGAAAAGAAGGAAGAAGAGGAGGAAGAAGAGGAAGCAUGGAGACACAGGGGAGGAGGAGGAGCAGGAGGAGGAGGGGGGCCUGGAGCUCAGCCAGGACACCCCCGUCAAGAAGAAGAAGAAGGACACAACGGGAAAAAAAGUGAUCUCUACAACCACAGAAAAGGACCAAGACACAUCUAAACCUACUGACAGUUCAGACACAAAGCUGAGCCGAAAACAGUGGAAGAACCGAAUGAAAAACAAACGAAAGAGCAAAAAUAAGUUUAAACCUCAAGGAGCUUCAGAAGAGGGGGAGAGGAAAGAGAUGGAUUCUAACGGCAAUAUUACCACAAACACGGACAAUCAGCCUGUGCAAGUCAAGAAAAAGAGUAAAAAACAAAAAGGCAAAAUGAACGAAGGAUCAUCAGAAACAUGUCCGCCGAGUGGAAAGGAGGAGAUUAAAAAGAAAAAGAUGAAUGACACGAACAAUGAAGUUCUAAAACCAGCAAAUAUUGACCAGAACAAAAAAGCGGAAAUGAAGAAGGCGAAGCUGCGCAGAUUGCUCCAGAACCAGGAGACCAAGGUGGAGGAGGCUCACCCCGUGGAGGCUUGUGUGGAGGAGGUAGAACCGGAGACAGAGGGGCCUACAGCGGAGCCCCUGGACCCCUCGGCCUCUCUGCGAUCUCGGAUGGAGCAGCGUCUGGAGGCGGCACGGUUCCGCUACAUAAACGAGGUGUUGUACAGCUCCAGCAGCAAGGAGGCACGCCGCAUGUUCACCCAGGACCAGGAGGCCUUCUGGGUGUACCACCGAGGAUACAGCGCCCAGGUGAACAGGUGGCCCCAGAACCCCGUGGAUCAGAUAAUCCAGUUCAUCAAGCAAAAACCGGCCUCUCUGGUGGUUGCAGACUUCGGCUGUGGAGACUGUAAAAUCGCCAAGAGCGUCAAAAACAAAGUGCACAGCUUCGACCUGGUGGCCACCUGUGAGCUGGUGACCGCCUGUGAUAUGGCCAACGUCCCUCUGAAGGACAGCUCUGUGGACAUCGCCGUCUUCUGUCUCUCUCUCAUGGGAACUAACCUUGCAGAUUUUUUAAAAGAAGCUAACCGUGUUCUAAAAAGAGGGGGUUUUCUGAAAAUAGCCGAGGUGUCGAGCCGAUUUGAGAAUGUGCGCAGCUUCAUCACUGCGCUGGCAGGUCUAGGAUUCAAACUGGUGUCCAAGGACACAGAGAAUACUCACUUUUACUCAUUCGACUUUGUAAAGACUGGACCAGCACCUGAAAAUGUGAAGAAGUUUGGAGUGCAGCUGAAGCCUUGUGUGUAUAAGAAGAGAUGAGAGAGACUUUAUUUAAAGCCAUUUACUGCUCUGGGUCAAACAUCAGGGCUUGUUUUGCAGCUGUUGAUUUGUUAAAGUGCUAUAAAUAUAUUAUUUUUACCGAA